GUUGGGUAGGAAGAAGAUGCCCCAAAACUAUAAUGCAGCUUUAAUUGCUGCAGCUAUUCAAGACCAUUUAAGUUUGAAGGCAUCUGGGAAUAAAACAGUUACGAGAAUUCCUCCACUCUACUCUCUGACAAGAAAGAAGAAUAUCAAAGCAGUGGUUGACACUGGACUUAGACAGUCCUCUACCAAGCUUCCAAAAUUCCCCUUUGAGAAGGUACAAACUGAAUAUGUACUUGAUGCGGCUCCAUCACUUUCACUUGCCCAGAAACUUGGUAUUGUUGAAUGCCCAGCAAAACGGUUAUCAGAAUUUGACUGGAAGACUGUAAAAGAGAAAUCUAACUCAAGACAUGAUUCUUGUCAACCAUGUGUUAUCUGUAAAGAAAAUUUUGGAGAAGAAUCUCAAGUGCUGCUUUCUUGUUCACACGUCUUCCAUAAGACUUGUCUCCAGGCUUUUGAGAAAUUCAGUAACAGGAAGUCAUGUCCAAUGUGUCGACAGCAACAAUAUGAGACCAGGGUAAUACACGAAGGUAGAAAACAGCACUACCACAAAAAUGCAACCAUAAUUCAAGCAGCAUGGCGGGGUUAUGUUGUCCGCAAAUGGUACACAAAAUUAAGAGAAACAACACCACCAAACAAUCCUAUCUUGAGAAGACGAUUUUUUGAAAAAAAGUUGGAAGAAAUUGUCGACAAGACACUUAAAAGUUACGAUAUUGGUGUUGAUGAAUUCUUGGAGGAAAUGGAUCAGAGUAUUGCAGCACACCGUCAACUGUUUAAUUCCUUCAAUCACUGCCAGAUUGGCUUGGAAGAAUGGAAAAAGAUCAAAUCAAAGGCUCUACAACGUGAACAUUUGGACUGUCCCAUUUGUGUUACUUCAAUAACUGUUGAUAAUGGACCAAUUCCUGAAACAAACUCUAUAUUUGAUUUGGAGUGCAAAUCUCAGGAUCUUUCUGGAAUACCGUACACUUCAAAUUCACCAAAACGAGUAGCUUUGCUUUUGUCAUGUUCCCAUAUUUUCCAUAAAACCUGCCUAGAGACAUUUGAAUCUUUUAUGAGAGAUUCUGCUCCACUGGUAUGUCCUGUAUGCAGAUCAUCGUACAGCAAAAGGUUAUUGUCAGCCAUCUAAAUGAAAACAGCCAUGAUCAAUGCAGCAUAUUUAUAUCAGUGCACAAACAUGCAUGUAUACAUGGUAAUCCUUAAGCUUGUGGAAUGUUAUCUUGCUGUGAGAAUACUUAUUGAGAGACUUAUGUAUUUCAUUUACAAAGCAUUGAAAGACAAAUUAAUUUUAUUCUUGACUAUAUUCCACACAGUUGAUACUUGAUUACUACUAAGUAGGGAUGAUUGUUUUUUUUUUUUUAGAUGAAUAUAAUUAAAGUGUACAAGAUGUAAUGUCUGAGCAAUUGCAUGAUAGAGGUUAUAAUGAUGAUAGGUAUCGAAACUGUAAACACAGAGAAAAAUGUUUCUAUUGAGAUACUUUCUUCACUUUGUACAAAAAAAAUAAAUAGAUAAAUAUGAAAUAAAAGAUAAUACAAAUAUCACACAGUCUACAUAGAAAA